AUGAAUAUAGGAGCGUCUGAACCGGUCGCUGGGUUUCCUGUCGAGAAUCCGACAACGUCCUACUGGCAAACCCCGCCUCUCCCUAUUUCAGACCACCGCACCACGCCUCACCUGCCCCAAACGACGGAAUACUGCAUUGUCGGCUCCGGCAUCACCGGCGCCAGCAUUGCGUACAAAAUCUUGAACGCCAACCCCUCGGCUCAGAUCCUCAUGCUUGAAGGGCGCACCGCCUGUUCCGGUGCCACUGGACGAAACGGUGGGCACUGCCGGGCGGGGCGGUACCUGUCCUUCGCCGACAAUUUGGCGAAAUGGGGGGCGGAGGAGGCCCUGAAGCUAGAGGCCCUAGAGAGAGCAACUGUGCGGAAUGUUGCCCAGCUCGUGCGGGACUUGGACAUCCAGUGUGACCUAGUGGCGAGCGAGACGGCGGACGUGUUUAUGGAUCCCGCUCAGUGGAAUGCUGCUUUGGCGAGUAUGAAGGCCCGCGAAAAAAUCUUGGGGGAGACCUCCACUUCGGCAUCGAUGCCAAAGGAAAACCCAGACAGUCCCGUACGACACGAGUACAAGAUCUGGCAGGCGGAGGAGGCACGCGAGAAACUCCUGUUUCCUAAGGCGCUCGGCGCGAUCGCCUUCCAUGCGUAUACGCUUAGCCCAUAUAAGCUCGUAUGCUCGUUGCUGGAAAAUGUAGUACAGCAGGGCAUGAAUUUGCAGACCCACACGUUAGUGACCUCCAUCGACGCCUUGCCAGCUUCCGCACCUGCCUCGCAGCGACGGUGGGCAAUUCGCACGCCACGUGGUGAUGUUCGGGCGAACCAUGUCAUCCUAGCUACGAACGCUUACACAGGAGCGCUCUAUUCACCCUUGGACUCGUUCAUCAUUCCGACGCGGGGUCAGAUUGCGGUUGUGCGGCCUGGCAGCAAGAUAUCUGGCUCGCCGGUGCUGAGACGGAGUUGCGGAAUGGCAGAUGUUGCUGCGAGUCCGUAUUACCAUUCUCGUGCACCCGGACUAAGCGGUGAGGGCGAUAUCAUCAUGGGAGGCGGCCGCACCGUCGCACCUGGCCGUGAGCAACCCGUCUUUGACGACUCGACCAUCCACCCACUCGUCUCGAAAUACUUAACUACUCAGCUGGCAUUCUAUUUCGGAGCCGAUACAUGGGGCAGUAACCCGGUCGAUCCUGUCGUGCAAGAGUGGACGGGUAUCAUGGGCUAUACGCGCGAUAGCGAGCCGAUUGUUGGACAAGCACCGGGAAGAGAAGGGUUAUGGAUUUGCGCCGGAUUUCAUGGACAUGGUAUGGCGUUGGCGUUUCAGUGUGCGGAAGCUACGGUGCAGAUGAUGAUGGGUCACAGUGAUGAGGUUGAAAAGUGGCUGCCUCAGUCGUACAAACUGGGACGGGUGCUAGGAAUGGGAUUUAAGUAG